AUGGCAUACAUCAGUGACAAGGUUCAUGGCAGUGAACAUCUAGGUGACAAGGUUCAUGGCAGUGAACAUCUAGGUGACAAGGUUCAUGGCAGUGAACAUCUAGGUGACAAGGUUCAUGGCAGUGAACAUCUAGGUGAGCAGGUUCAUGGCAGUGAACAUCUAGGUGACAAGGUUCAUGGCAGUGAACAUCUAGGUGACAAGGUUCAUGGUGACCAGGUUUAUGGUGAUGUACAUCUAGGUGACAGGGUUCAUGGUAAUGUACAUCAAGGUGACCAGGUUUAUAGUAAUGUACAUCUAGGUGACAGGGUUCAAGGCAAUGUACACCUAGGUGACCAGGUUUAUGGUAAUGUACAUCUAGGUGAUAGGGUUCAAGGUGACAAGGUUUAUGGCAAAAUACAUGUAGGUGACAAGGUUUAUGGUAAUGUACAUCUAGGUGACAGGGUUCAUGGUAAUGUACAUCUAGGUGACAAGGUUUAUGGUAAUGCUCAUCAAGGUGACAAGGUUUAUGGAAAUGCUCAUCUAGGUGACAAGGUUUAUGGUAAUGCUCAUCUAGGUGACAAGGUUUAUGGCAAUAUACAUCUAGGUGAAAAGGUUUAUGGCAAUAUACAUCUAGCUGGCAAGGUUUAUGGUAAUGUACAUUUAGGUGACACGGUUCAUGGCUACGUACAAUUAGGUGACAAGGUUUAUGGUUAUGUACAUCUAGGUGACAAGGUUUAUGGUAAUGUACAUUUGGGUGACAAGGUUUAUGGUAAUGUACAUCUAGGUGACAAUGUGUAUGGUAAUGCUCAUCAAGGUGACAAGGUUUAUGGAAAUGCUCAUCUAGGUGACAAGGUUUAUGGUAAUGCUCAUCUAGGUGACAAGGUUUAUGGCAAUAUACAUUUAGGUGAAAAGGUUUAUGGCAAUAUACAUCUAGCUGGCAAGGUUUAUGGUAAUGUACAUCUAGGUGACACGGUUCAUGGUUACGUACAUAUAGGUGACAAGGUUUAUGGUAAUGUACAACUAGGUGACAAGGUUUAUGGUAAUGCUCAUCAAGGUGACAAGGUUUAUGGAAAUGCUCAUCUAGGUGACAAGGUUCAUGGCAAUAUACAUCUAGGUGAAAAGGUUUAUGGCAAUAAACAUCUAGCUGGCAAGGUUUAUGGUAAUGUACAUCUAGGUGACAAGGUUUAUGGUAAUGUACAUCUAGGUGACCAGUUAGGUGACAAGGUUUAUAGUAAUGUACAUCUAGGUGACAAGGUUUAUGGUAAUGUACAUCUAGGUGACAAGGUUCAUGGUAAUGUUCAUCUUGGUGACAAGGUUCAUAGUAAUGUACAUCUUGGUGACAAGGUUCAUGGUAAUGUACAUCUAGGUGACAAGGUUCAUGGAAAUGGACGUCUUAAAGACAAGGUUUAUGAAAAUAAACGUCUUAGAGACAAAGUUUAUAAAACAAUUAACGUCUUAGAGACAAGGGUUAUUGUAAUGUUUGGCUAA